AUGAGCGAACCGUCGACUUCAACAAACUUUAUCAGCGGUCGAAAACGGCGACCACAAGCAAUCGAAAAACCAGCGGAAGAGACCGAUUUUCGCGAGACAAUCAAAGCGGACGCGGAAAAACGGAAUGCGGCAAAACUGAAAACGCUCACGGAAACCGACAAAAACAUGCAAAAUCAUAUUCUGAAAUUUUUGCAAGAGAUGGAGGGAAAUCGGAAGAAAGUGAGCAAUACGAAUUGUUUUGAGACCAAAACACCGUUGGAUUAUUUUAAUGUGGAGGAAUUGGUUUCGUCGAAUGUCAAAAUGCAGGUUAAUAGGUUUUCGCAACUUUGAAUAUGAGCUAUGACGUGGCAAAUUGUCCAGAUUCCAUGUUCCUUUAAAUUUUCCAUAUGUAAACGUGGAUUUAAAGGCGCAUGAUGUGGAGAUUGCCACGUCAAUAGAUCAGCUGAAGUACUAAUAUGAGCUAUGACGUGGCAACUGUCAUGUUCCUUUAAAUUUUUCAUAUGUAAACGUGGAUUUAAAGGCGCAUGAUGUGGGGAUUGCCACGUCAAUAGAUCAGCUGAAGUACUAAUAUGAGUUAUGACGUGGCAACUGUCAUGUUCCUUUAAAUUUUCCAUAUGUAAACGUGGGUUUAAAGGCGCAUGAUUGGUGGAAAAUUGUAGAAUUGCCACGUCAUAGUACUGAUUGUCAAAAUCAUAUUAGCCUUAUGGAGCCAAAUUAUCAAGCCUCGAUGUUCCUUCUGAAGCUUCCAUAUGUAAACAUGGAUUUAAAGGCGCAUGCAGUCUUCUGAAGCCUUCUGGAGCCACAGAAAUUCUUCUGAAACCUCUAAAAAAUUUUCUGAAUCGUUCUGAAGCCUUCUGAAGUCUUCUGAAGACUAAUGAAGUCUCUAAAAUUUUUCCAAAGCCUUCUGAACCCUUCUGAACCCUUCUGGAGCCUUAUGAAAUCUCUAAAAUUCUUCUGAAGCUUCUAAAAUUUAUCUAAAGCCUUCUGAAGUCUUCUGAAGCUUCUAAAAAGUUUUCUGAAUCGUUAUGAAGCCUUCUGAAGCCUUCUGAAGCCUUCUGGAGACUUGUGAAACUUUCUGAAGCCUUCUGGAGCCACAGAAAUUCUUCUGAAACCUCUAAAAAAUGUUCUGAAUCCUUCUGAAGCCCCUAUAAUUCUUCCAAAGCCUUCUGGAGCCUUCUGAAGCCUUCUGGAGCCAUUGGUGGAAAAAUAAAAAAUUGCUACGUCAUAACUCAGAUUUUAUCAGCCAAAGCACACCUCGGCCAAGCCGUGGUGGGCCACGGUUUUCACAGAAUGAGCUAGAGAGUGUUUUGAUAAAAAUUGCUCAGUUUGAAUUUUCUAGAGUCCAAAUUUAUUUCUAUGACUGAAACAUUCUCUACUGAUCCGGUAAAUUCACAAUUUUCUCAUUCAAAACUUCAGCGUAAACUUUUUAUUUUUGGGAACCACGAUGUUGGCCGAGGUGUGAGCCAAAGCUAAUUUUGACCAAAAGAUUUCGUUACCUAAAAUCAUUUCCCAAAUUUUUAAGGACAUGGCAAUAGUUUUGGACUCGACCCAACAAAUUUAUGGUUAUCGAGUUGAUCGAUUAUUGACUGAUUGUAGAGGUGCAGAAAUUGCCAUGUCGAAAGGCGAAAUUGUUGCCGAAGAUAUGGAAAUUGCAGGAGAUCAGGUAAUUCUUGAUGUUUUGAUGAAGAGUUUGUGGAAUUUCGCGAAAGUUCUGCAUUUCUACGUCAAUUCUGGUGCCUUUUCUGCAUGUUUAAGUGCAGAUUUUCACUGAAAAACACCGGAAUUUGUCUGAAAAUGUUCAAAAUUCACACGAAAAACCCUUAAAUUAACCCACAGAAUGACGGAAAAUCGCGGCGAAAACCAAAAAAUCCGGAAAACGGCAUGGCUGCAAUGGAAGAAGCGCUCAAAAAUAUUCACGAUGGUGCUGAUUCGGAUGAGCAAGAAAAUGAGCAAGAAGACGAGGAGCUGGACGAAAAUGAGGGGGAUUUUGGGGAUUUGGACGAAGACGUGGACGAUUGGGAUGAUGAGACGGGCGAUUUUGAGAAGAAAAUUGAGAAUUUGGUGAAAUCGAGAGUGGCCAAAAUGGAACAAGUGGUUUUUAAUAAUGUAAGGGAGGAUUUUGGACCCUGAAAAAUGUCAAAAAUCGAAAAUUUUAGCGAAAAUUAAGCCUAGAAGCUUAAAAUUCACGAUUUUUGAAGAAAUUUGAUCUGAAAAUGUUGGAAAAUUCUGGAACAUCGAAAACUUUACAUAAAAAUCAACCUAGUAGCUGAAAAUUCAUCUGAAAAUGCUGAAAAAUUGAAAAUUUCCAUAUUUUGAGUUAGAAAUGAGCCAGGAUUUUGAAAAUUUGAAAGUAGAGCUGAAAAUUCAAGAAUUUUGAAGUUUUUUGAUAUGAAAAUGCUUAAAAAUUGAAAAUUUUAGCAAAAAUUAAGCCUAGAAGCUGAAAAUUUGCAGGUUUAGAUAUAUUUUGAUCUGAAAAUGUUGGAAAAUUCUUGAAAAUCGAAAACUCUACAUUAAAAUCAACCUAGAAGCUGAAAAUUCAUCUGAAAAUGCUCAAAAAUUGAAAAUUUCCAUGUUUUGAGUUAGAAAUGAGCCAGAAAUUUGAAAAUUUGAAACUAGAGCUGAAAAUUCACGAAUUUUGAAAUUUUUUGAUUUAAAAAUGCAAAAAAAUUGAAAAUUUCCAUAUUUUGAGUUAGAAAUGAGCCAGGAUUUUGAAAAUCUGAAACCAGAGCUGAAAAUUCACGAAUUUUGAAGUUUUUUGAUCUGAAAAUGCUCAAAAUCGAAAAUUUUAGCGAAAAUUAAGCCUAGAAGCUGAAAAUUCGCAGGUUUAGAUAUAUGUUUAUCUGAAAAUGUUGGAAAAUUCUUGAAAAUCGAAAACUCUACAUGAAAAAUGAACCUAGAAGCUGAAAAUUCAUCUGAAAAUGCUCAAAAAUUGAAAAUUUCCAUAUUUUGAGUUAGAAAUGAGCCCAGUAUUUUGAAAAUCUGAAACUAGAGCUGAAAAUCCACGUGGCAAAAAUUUUGAAACGCGAAUUUUUCUCGAAUUUUGAAAAAAAACGAAACUAGAGCUGAAAAUCCACGUGGCAAAAAUUUUGAAACGCGAAUUUUUCUGGAAUUUUGAAAAAAAAAUGAAACUAGAGCUGAAAAUCCACGUGGCAAAAAUUUUGAAAUGCGAAUUUUUCUGGAAUUUCGUAAAAAACGAAACUAGAGCUGAAAAUCCACGUGGCAAAAAUUUUGAAACGCGAAUUUUUCUGGAAAUUUCGUAAAAAACGAAACUAGAGCUGAAAAUCCACGUGGCAAAAAUUUUGAAAUGCGAAUUUUUCUGGAAUUUCGUAAAAAACGAAACUAGUGCUGAAUAUAUACGUGGAAAAAAAGCUGAAAAUUCAUCUGAAAAUGCUGAAAAAUUUAAAAUUUCCAUGUUUUGAGUUAGAAAUGAGCCAGGAUUUUGAAAGUUUGAAACUAGAGCUGAAAAUCCACGUGGCAAACCAAAUAUUUUUUGCAGAGCUCAUCUUACUGUAGCGCCGCCGACACGAGAAACAUUGAAAUCCAAAACACCGACAUCGAUUGGCUCAAAUCCAACCCAUAUUAUCAAAAAGCAAUGAUAGGCAGUGCUGAUGACGUCACUUCAUCAUUCCAUUCACUUCUCUCAAAUGGAAUUUAUUCAAAUGAUGGAAGAGUGUUCAAAUUGCAUCCCAGAGUUAAGGAUACGUUGGGAGAUCGACCGAUUUUGGCGGCAAAUGUUGAUGAAAGUGUUGUGAGAAAUAUGAGAAGUUUGUGUGAUUUUGGGACCCAAAAAUCGUGGAAAAUGCGAUUUUUUGAGUGGAAAUUUGGAAAAAUUGACGAUUUUUGGGUCAAGCUGGAAAAAAUAGGUUUCGAAAUUUUUUGAUUGGAAAAAAUUCCUAUUUUCUCAGUUUAGCGAAUAAAAAAUCCACACCGGAGAAAAAAUGGCGCGAAAAUUCUGAACAGCAAAAAUUUCCAAACAUAUAAGUUUCUGCAUUUUGACCUGAAAAUGGGGGAAAAUGCGAUUUUUUGAGUGGCAAUUUGAAAAAUUGGGGAUUUUUGGGUCCUGGAAAAAAUAGGUUUCAAAAUUUUUUUGAUUGAAAAAAAUUCCCAUUUUUCAGUUUUUGCGAAUAAAAAAUUCCUAACAUAUAUGUUUCUGUACAGUUUUUCACGCUGAGAAAGAUCCUGUUUUCAGUUGUUGCUGCGCGACUCUCUGAAGAGCUUAAAAAUGAGCCGAAAGUUGAGAAUUUCUGGAAAUUCGUGGUUUUGAGAGGUCAUAACUCAUGUUAGAGAGGAUUUUUAUGAAAAAAAACUGCAGGGCGAUCGAUUUACCAAAAUCAAAAAUUUUUGCGAAAUCUGCCCCCCUGUAUUAAAUGUUUGAUAAAAUCCUCUCUAACAUGAGUUAUGGCCUCUCAAAACCACGAAUUUUCAGAAAUUCUCAACUUUCUGCUCAUUUUUGGGCUAUUUAGAGAUUCGCGCAGCAAAAUCUGAAAACAGGAAUUUUCUCGCCGUGGAAAACUGUACAGAAAUAUAUAUGUUAGGAAAUUUUUGUGGAUUUUUUACUGAAAAAAUGAGAAUUUUUUUCAAUCAAUUAAAUUUUGAAACCUAUUUUUUCCAGGUUGAAAAUUUGCAGAACCUAAAAAUCGUCAAUUUUUCCACGAUUCCUGGGUCAGAUUUUGGUUUUUCCUCAAUUUCCCAAUUCCAGAAAUCAUCUCAAAUGCAAUGUUGGCUCAACCCUACGAACUUCCCCAUAAUCUAAUGCUCGAAGUUGAAAAUCGUCCCCGUACCGGUCAAUACAAAUUCGUCAAAUCCUCAAAAUUAAAGGCACAAGAAGGAGCUGGCACGGUGCCAUUUUUAUCCGCCCGCCCAUCAAUCGAUUCUGCAGCACUUCGAGAUGAUCUAACUGUCAUGAUUCCUGGCCCAGGAUAUGGGCCGAGUGGUCCGUUUUCAGCGUCCAGUUUAGCUCCACCUGAUCAGACACUUUUUGGCGCCGCGCCAGCUUCACCGGAACUCGAUUCAAUGGCUACGGUAGCAUCGGAAGGUGGGGUUACUGCCGGUUUGCCACGUGGCAAUUCGAAUGCGGAAAGUGGUGCACUUGGUGUGGAAUUUCAAGUCAUUCCGUUUAGUGAUGUGAGUUUAAGAGGGAUUGCUCAGAUUAUACUGAAAAUGUAGUUACUAUUUUGGUAAUAAAAGCAUAAGAGGACUAACCUGAGCAAUGCUUUUAAAAUCAUUUUGAUUACGAAGCUUUGGCUUAACCUGAGCAAUCACUAGAUUAGAUUAUUUUUUUUAUUAGAUUAUCUAGUGAUUGCUCAGGUUAAGCCAAAACUUUGGAAUUAAAUUGAUUUUAAAAGCAUUGCUCAGGUUAUUCCUCUUAUGCUGAAAAAAAAACAAAAAAACAAUAAGAGGAGGACUAACCGGAGCAAUGAUUUUAAGAUCAAUUUAAUUCCGAAGUUUUGGAUUAACAUGAGCAAUCAUUAAUGGGCCUAAUCAAAUUUUGAGAUGAGCUCUAGACCUUUUUUCUAGCUAAAGUUUCACAUUUUCGAGCAAAAUUGAGCUCUGAAGCUUGAACAAUCAAAUUUUUAGGUUGAAAUGAGCUCUAGACCUUUUUUCUAGCUGAAAAUUCAUAUUUUUGAGCAAAAUUGAGCUCUGGAGCUUGAAAAAUCGAAUUUUUAGGUUGAAAUGAGCUCUAGACCUUUUUUCUAGCAAAUGUGAUUUUAAAAGCAUUGAGCUCAUGGAGGCUUGAAAACUCAAAUUUUUAGGUUGAAAUAAGCUCUAGACCUUUUUUCUAGCUAAAAAUUCAUAUUUUUUGAGCAAAAUUGAGCUCUGGAGCUUGAAAACUCAAAUUUUAAAGUUGAAAUGAGCUCUAGACCUUUUUUCUAGCUGAAAAUUCAUAUUUUUGAGCAAAUGUGAUUUUAAAAGCAUUGCUCAUGUUAGUCUCAACUCUUUUAAAAAUCUCCUCCAUUUUCAGAUUCUGAUGGACAAUGAAGUCGACAUUCCCGACCCGAUUUUUGGCGCCGAAUUCAAAACCGAAGGUCUCGAAGCGAUUCUGGACAUCAAAUCGAGUUUGGUCGACGAAGAAGAUGGUGAUGAGACGAAAAAAGUGUGGAAACGUGGAUUUUUGGCCGAAGAAUGGGAUGAUAAUACAUCGGAUUCGACGAGAGAUUGUCAAGCGGUUAUGGUAAGGGAUUUCUGGGAUUCUCAUCAAAAAUUCAUAAAUUUUGAGCUAGAAAUUGAGAAAUUUCAUUAAAAAUUGAUGAAUUAAGACCUUUUGACAAAAAAGCCAAUAAUUAGGGCGCGAAAAUGUCAUUUUUUGAAGCCUAGAAUUAAUUUUGGGUUUUUCUAUUCUUUUUUUCACUUUUUUAUUUUUAGGAGACUCAAAAACCUAAAUUUUCAGCUAGAAUAAUGAUGCCAAGCUCAAUUUUCAAUGAAAAAUCUCGAAAAUUCGAUUUUUCAAGCUCUAGGGCUCAAUUUUGCUCAAAAAUAUGAAUUUUUAAUCAAAAAAUGUUAUCAGCUCUAAUUUUUUUUCGCAUUUUCAAGAUCUAGAGCUCAAUUUUGUUCAAAAAUAUGAAUUUUUAGCUAGAAAAAAGGUCCGGAGCUCAUUUCAACCGGAAAAUUAGAUUUUUCAGGCUCUAGAGCUCAAUUUUCACUCAAAAAUAUGAAUUUUCAGCUCGAAAAAUGCUCUGGAGCUCAUUUCAACCUAAAAAUUUGAUUUUUCAAGCUCCAGAGCUCAUUUUUCACUCAAAAAUCCAUUUUUUUUCUCCAGAAAGCCGGAAUCGAUUCCUACGUAAAAGCCUUGGAUUAUAUGGUGAAUUCAGAUGUUGUCAAAAUGAUUUUCAAUCGCGAAACAAUUUCAAAAUUGGAAGAGUUUGUGUUUUUUCUGAAAAUUUCCCAAAAAAAAUCAAUUUUUCCAGCGAAAUUCGAAACGACGACGGAAAUUUGGCACAAAAUUCGACAGCUCGCCGAUAUCCAAAUAUUCCUGAUCGAUAUUUUCUGCUCAAACCAUCGGAAUCCUAUCAGAAAUUGUAUCCGCAAGAUCGCAAGGAUCAUUUUGUGAGAAUUGAUGAGGAUGGAGAGGCUAUUCCGAUUGCCACGUGGGUUUUUUGGGGGAAUUUUGAGCCAGAAUGGGCUCUGGAGCUUGAAAAAACUUGAAUUUUGAGCUAAAAUGAGCCCAGGAGCAUUUUUCACCUGAAAUUUUGGAUUUUUGAGAGAAAAUGGGCUCUGGAAAUUGAAAAAACUUGAAUUUUGAGCUAAAAUGAGCACUGGAGCAUUUUUCACCUGAAAUUUUGGAUUUUUGAGAGAAAAUGGGCUCUGGAGCUUGAAAAAACUGGAAUUUUGAGAAAAAAUGAGCUCUGGAGCUUGAAAAACUUGAAUUUUGAACCUGGAAGCAUUUUUCAGCUGAAAUUUUUUGAUUUUUGAGACAAAAAGACCUCUGGAGCUGGAAAAACUAGAAUUUAUAGUCAAAAUGAGUACUGGAGCAUUUUUCGGCUGGAAUUUUGGAUUUUUAAGAGAAAAUGAGCUCUGGAGCUUGAAAAAACUGGAAUUUUGAGCUAAAGCUAGUACUGGAGCAUUUUUCAGCUGAAAUUUUGGAUUUUUGAGCCACAAUGAGCCCAGGAGCAUUUUUAGGCUGAAAUUUUGGAUUUUUGAGAGAAAAUGAGCUCUGGAGCUUGAAAAAAACUGGAAUUUUGAGCUAAAGCUAGUACUGGAGCAUUUUUCAGCUGAAAUUUUGGAUUUUUGAGCCACAAUGAGCCCAGGAGCAUUUUUUAGGCUGAAAUUUUGGAUUUUUUAGAGAAAAUCAACUCUGGAGCUUGAAAAAACUGGAAUUUUGAGCUAAAGCUAGUACUGGAGCAUUUUUCAGCUGAAAUUUUGGAUUUUUGAGCCACAAUGAGCCCAGGAGCAUUUUUAGGCUGAAAUUUUGGAUUUUUUAGAGAAAAUCAACUCUGGAGCUUGAAAAAACUUGAAUUUUGGACUAAAGCUAGCAAUGGAGCAUUUUUCAGCUGAAAUUUUGGAUUUUUAAGGGAAAUUGAGCUCUGGAGCUGGAAAAAACUGGAAUUUUGAGCUAAAGCUAGUACUGGAGCAUUUUUCAGCUGAAAUUUUGGAUUUUUGAGCCACAAUGAGCCCAGGAGCAUUUUUAGGCUGAAAUUUUGGAUUUUUUAGAGAAAAUCAACUCUGGAGCUUGAAAAACUGGAAUUUUGAGCUAAAGCUAGUACUGGAGCAUUUUUCAGCUGAAAUUUUGGAUUUUUGAGCCACAAUGAGCCCAGGAGCAUUUUUAGGCUGAAAUUUUGGAUUUUUGAGAGAAAAUGAGCUCUGGAGCUUGAAAAAACUGGAAUUUACAGUCAAAAUGAGCUCUGGAGCAUUUUUCACCUGAACUUUUGGAUUUUUGAGCCACAAUGAGCCCAGGAGCAUUUUUAGGCUGAAAUUUUGGAUUUUUGAGAGAAAAUGGGCUCUGGAGCUUGAAAAAACUGGGAUUUUGAACCUAGAAGCAUUUUUGAGCUGAAAUUUUGAAUUUUUUGAGCUAAAAUGAGCACUGGAGCAUGAAAAAACUAGAAUUUUGAGCAAAAAAUGAGCACUGGAGCAUUUUUUUGGAUUUUUAAGAGAAAAUGGGCUCUGGAGUUCGAAAAAACUUGAAUUUUGAGUCACAAUAAUGAGCUCUGGAGCAUUUUUCAGCUGAAAUUUAUGAUUUUUGAGAGAAAAUGUGCUCUGGAGCUUGAAAAAACUGGAAUUUUGAACCAAAAUGAGCUCUGGAGCAUUUUUUGGCUAAAAUUUUGGAUUUUUGAAAGAAAAAGGGCUCCGGAGCUUGAAUAAACUGGAAUUUUGAACCUAUAAGCAUUUUUCAGCUGAAAUUUGGGAUUUUUGAGAGAUUUUUGGCUCUGGUGCUUGAAAAACUGGAAUUUUGAGACAAAAUGAGCACUGGAACAUUUGUAACGAAAAUUUAGGAUUUUUUAAAGAAAUUGACCCCAGGAGCUCAAAAAAUAUAGAAUUUAUAUCCAAAAUGAGCCCAGGAGCUUUUUUUCAGCUGGAAAUUUGAAUUUUUGAGAGAAAUUGAGCUCUGGAGCUUGAAAAAACUGGAAUUUUUGAGCAAAAUUGAGUUCUGGAGCAUUUUUCAGCUGAAAUUUGAGAUUUUUGAGCCAAAAUGAGCAUUUUACAGCGGUGAAAUUGGUGAAGAAGAACCGGAUGAUGUGGAUGAUUUUGGUGGCGAUUACGGUGGAGAUAUGGAUCAGAAUUUGGUGUUUAAUGAGAGUUUGGUGGGUGGCGGAGCGGAAAAUUCGGAUUUGCCGCAAAAUUUUGGAGCUGGUGAAGAGGACAAUGUGGCUGAAGCGUUUUUCGGCGCGGAAAAUGAAGGUAGAUCAAACUUUUUGAAUUUCCCGCCCACACUACACUACAGUAUAUUUUCUCUUCAGGACCUGAGACCACACCGGCUACUGUAGAAAACACGGCUUUGGCUGCGGAAGAGAUUCCGGAUAUGAUGGCGAAUUUGAUCACCGAACAACAAGCCGAAAUUCGACCCGAAAUGGAGGCGGAAAUUCAGAAUUUGGGAAAAGAUGAUAAUGCACAUUGGAAAGCGCCGGCGGUUGUUGCGACUGGUGAGCGAUUUUUGAAUCCUGGGAGGAGUUUUGGAGCAUUUUUGAGCCAAAAUUAGAAUCGAUUUCAGCACAAAUUUUCAGCUCUGGGACUAUUUUUGAGCAUUUUUUGAGCUCAGAAACGGUUUUAGCGCGAAGUUUCAGCUCUGAGACUGUUUUGGAGCAUUCUUCGAGCUCAAAAAUGAAUUUCGUGCGAAAUUUUCAGAUCCGAGACUAUUUUUGAGCUCAGAAUUGGCUUUUGCACGAAAUUUUGAGCUCUGAGACUAUUUUUUGAGUCUUUUCUAAGCCAAAAUUUGAAUUUGGAGCGAUUUUUCGACCCUGGAAGAUGAUUUUUGAGCUUAGAAUCGGUUUUUUUCCAGCUCUGAGACUUUUUUUUUGGAGCAUUCUUGAGCUCAGAAUUGGCUUUCAGCCGAAUUUUCCAGCUCUGAGACUAUUUUUGAGCAUUUUUUUGUGCUCACAAACGGCUUUUUCGCAAAAUUUUCCAGCUCUGAGACUUUUUUGGAGCAUUUUUGAGCUCAGAAUUCGAAUUUGGAGCGAUUGUUCGCAUACAUCAGUUUCUCCCGGACAGGGCCUCAAAAUUAGCCACCCCCGGAAUGUGAAAAUACAAAAAUUAGCCAGACCCCCUCAAAAAAAAAACGGAAAAAAACUUGGUUUUUGGGGGUAAAUUGUUAUUUUUUCAAAAAGUUAGCCGGUCCCCACCCCUUUUUUCCAAAGUUAGCCAGACCCCCUCCGGACGAAAAUCCGGGGAUACUGAUGUAUGAUUGUUCGACUCUAGGGAAUGAUUUUUUGAGCUCAGAAUUGGCUUUUGUGCGAAAUUUUCAGAUCUGAGACUUUUUGGACCAUUUUUUCAGCUCAGAAAACUAAAAAAAAUCUGCAAUUUCGUUUUCCAGAAUCCGCAUCUGCUUUGAAUCAACAACGAAAACGAAAAGAUCGAAAAAUCCGGAAAAAAGUGACAAUCGACGAUUUUUCGCAUUAUUUCGAGCCAACUUCGCAAGCAGAUACGGUCGAAAAAAUUGGAGAAUUUGCCUGUAAACAAGUCCGAAAUCCGUCACAAUUACAAUUGACAGAAGCCCAAGUUUUUAUGGCUGAAAUUUCGAGAGAAUCCAAACCGUAUAUUGCGUUUGAGUUUGAAUCAUUGAGCAGAUCUGGAUUGAUGUUUAGGGUGAGGAAAAUCAGGAUUUCACCUAGAAAUUCAUGAAAUUUGGGAUUUUUUGACCUAGAAAUCGGUUAAAAUGUGGAUUUUUGAACCUGGGACCUUGGAAAUUUCUAAAUUUUCAAUCAGAAAUCGAUAAAAAUGUACAUUUUUGAGCCUGGGACCAUGAAAAUCACAAAAUUUUCCUCAAAAAACGGGAAAAAUGUGCAUUUUCGAGCCUGGGACCAUGAAAAUCGCAGAAUUUUCGAUCGAAUUCAAAAAAUUUCCCAAUUUUUCAUCUAAAAAUUUUGAUGAAACGUACAUUUUUCGGGAAAUUUGCAGAAAAAAUACGGAAAACUUCGAUUCGAACGAGUUCCGCAAAGACGCGCCAAAGAAGACGAUAUUUUCAUAGAGGAGACGACUGGCGGAAAUCAAGAAUCCGAUUUUUUGGAUUGGUUUUUGACGUUCUCCGGAUUCAGAUGCUUGGAACUGUGGGUUUUUUUCAUGGAGUUUUCAAAAAUUAGAAGAUUUUGGCGGGAAAAUGAAUGCCGCGUGGCAAUUUGCAAAGUUGUUGAAUUAUCAAUAAAUUCUGAGAAUUUCAAUUUUUAUCCGAAUUUUAAUAAAUUUUCAAAAAAUUCUGAAACUGCCACGUGGAUUUUUUCGGCACCAAAUUUGAAAAUUUCAAAAAUUCAGAUAAUUUUGUAGUUCAAGUUGAAAAUUUCAACCGAAUUUUAAUAAAUUUUCAAAAAAUUCUUUUGACGCCGAAAAUGCCACGUGGAUUUUUUUUAGCACGACAUUUGAAUUUUCAAAAAAUUUUGAUAUUCAUCUGAUUUUUAAUACAUUUUUUUCUAAAUUCAAGAAAAACUGCCACGUGGCAAAUUUCCAGUAUUUUCAAAUCCAUUCAAAAAUUAAAGAAAAAUCAGAAGUAUUCUGAAAUUUUUGAUUUUCAUCCGAAUUUUAAUUAAUUAAGCCAAAAUGCCACGUGGAUUUUUUUUAGCACGAAAUUUGAAAAUUUCAAAAAAUUUUAUAUUCAUCAGAAUUUUACUAAAUUUUUUCGAAAUAAAAAACACUACCACGUGGCAAAUUUCUGAAAAAAUUCCAAUCAAGCUCGAAAAUUAUAGAAAAAUCCCCAGUUCCAUAAUAAAUCCUGAUUUUUUUCAGUGACUGCGAUACGACAAAUCCAAUAAACGCGCCAGACAAUGAUGAUCAAAUCCAUUGUGACGAUGAUAAUUAUUUCGAUGAUCGAGAAGAAUAUCAAGAUUUGGAAUAUUUGAGACAAGAAGCAAUGCAAAAAAUGAGCGAAUCAACAAGUCAGAAAUUCCUAAAUGUUGCAAGAGAAACUGACAAUAUGCGAUUGUUGUAUAAUAAAUUGAAUCGACGAGAAAAUGAUGGAAUUCUGGAAAAUGAUGACGAUGAAGAUCGAGAGGACUUUUUUGGACAAAAAAAUGCGAUGAGAGCAAAGAAUUUGGAUGCGAAUAAACAUAAGAAAUGUAUUGCCGAUAUUUUGAACUCGAAUGUGGUGAGUUGGGGAUUUUUUGAGCGGAAAAUUGGGGUUUUUUGAACUUGUGAAGGUAGAUGAUCUCCCAAUCAUCUUCUUCAUCCAGACUCAUUCAUAGGUAGACAUUUGUACAUGUAAGAUCUUUAUUGUACAUAAAUAUGGUAAAGGGCUGAUGUCUAUGGCCACCACAUAAAGAAUGAAUGUCUCAAGAGAGAGAGAGAGAGAGACACAUGGAUGCACGAGAGUGCACGAGUCUCUGCGUCUCUCUAGGAGGCAUCACAACCUAGGGACCAUGAAAAUCGAGAAAAUUGAGCAUUUUUGACCUGGGACCAUUUAAAUCAUAAAAAAUGCUAAAUUUCAAACUAGGGAUCAUGAAAUUCGUCAAGAUUUGGAUUUUUGAUCUGAAAAAUGCUCCAAGGACCAUGAGAACCUCGAUUUUCACCACAGAAUCCAUGAAAUUUCCAUUUUUGAGCCUGGGACCAUGGAAAUUGCAAAUUUUAAUCAAGAGAUCGAAUAAAAUGUGCAUUUUUGAACCUGGGACCAUGAAAAUUUCACUCAAAAAUCGAGAAAAUUGAGCAUUUUUGAACCUGGGACCAUGAAAAUCGCAAAUUUUCAAUCAGAAAUCGCUGAAUAUGUGCAUUUUUGAGCCUGUGACCAUGGGAAUCACAAAUUUUGAUCAGAAAUUGAUAAAAAUGUGAAUUUUUGAGCCUGGGACCAUGAAAAUUGCACAUUUUUAUGCAGAAAUCUAGAAAAUUGAACAUUUUUGAGCCUGGGACCAUGAAAGUUAUUAAAUUUAAGAUUUUCUGACCUAGAGACCAUUCAAAUAUAGUUUUUUGACCUGGGACCAUGAAAAUUGCAAAUUUUCGAUCAGAAAUCGGUAAAAUUGUAUUUUUGAUCUAAAGACCAUCUAAUCAUGUUCCAUCUGAGGAACAUGAUAAUCGGGAUUUUCAGUUCAAAAAUCAUGAAAUUCGCAGUUUUGAGCUUGGGACCUUGAAAAUUGCACAUUUUUAUCCAGAAAUCUGUAAAAAUGUGCAUUUUCGAGCCUGGGACCAUGAAAAUUGCGAAUUUUCCAAUAAAAAAUGGGGAAAGUGUGCAUUUUUGAGCGCGGGACCAUAAAAAUUGCAAAUUUUUAUCCAGAAGUCCAUAAAAAUGUGCAUUUUUGAGCUUGGGGCCAUGAAAAUUGUUUUUCUUCCAGCUAACUCUUCCCAACAUAGAAUAUAUGCUCGAAAAACUGUCCGAUGGCACACUCUCAGCGACCGGCGAAUUCCGCCCAACCACACCGCAACCAAGCACUUCCGCCUCGCCAGGCACUCUCGCCGACACCGCAAUGUCGCCACCCGAACUCGAAUCCGUCUUCAAACUUCGAACACCCCAAAAAUGCGAUAUGGAAGUGGAUCAAAUCAUCAAAGCGUUCAGCGAGGUUCCCGAUUAUAAUGCGGCGGAAGCGGCGCGCAAAUCGCCCAAAAAACAACAAGUGUCGGAAAUCGAUCCGGCUAAUCCGCCUGUUCAGAAAGUCACCGUAUCCGGCGUCAAAACAUUUUUGAGUUUGUGCAUGUGCGCUCCACCGAGAAUUGGUGAUUCAAUCAAUCCGGCUGCACUUUUGAGCUUUGCACUUCAUUUGUGCAAUGAGAAUGUGAGUUGUUUUUCUUAAAGGAACAUACAGUAUUCUAGAAGAUAGAUAGAGUACUGUAUGUACCUUUAAAAAAGUGAGGAUAUCUUAAAGGAGCAUACCGUAUUCUAGAAGAUAGCUAGAAUACUGUAUGUACCUAUAAAAAUGAGAAGACGUCUUAAAGGAACAUAUAUACCUUUAAAAUCCAAAAUUCCUGCUCUGAAACUGCUUGAAAUUGUGAAAAUCCUGAAAAUUUUCAUUCAGUCAAUUUUAAAGCGGGAAUUACUGUAUGUACAAAAAAGAACUCAUAUAACUAGAAUACUGUAUGUACCGAACCAAAAUUCUACUCAGAAACUGAAAUUGUGAAAAUCCCAGAAUUUUCAGUCAAAACAGGGAAGCUAUGCCCAAAUUUUAAAGGAACAUACAGUAUUCUAACCAGAAUGCUGUAUGUUCCUUCAAAAUCCAAAAUUUCUGCUCUGAAACCACUUGAAAAUUAAAAGGAGCAUACAGUAUUCUAGCCAGAAUACUGUAUGUUCCUUUAAAAUCUGAAAUUCCUGCUCUGAAUUUUUGCAAUGAGAAUGUGGGUUAUUUUUCUUAAAGGAAACAUACAGUAUUCUAGCUAUCCAGAAUACUGUAUGUACCUUUAAAACCUCAAAAAUCCAGGAUUCCUGCUCUGAAAUUGUGAAAAUCCCAAAAUUUUCAGUCAAUUUUAAGCGGUUUCAGAAAGACGCGGAAGCUAUGCCCAAAUUUUGAAAAAACUACUGUAUGCACCUUUAAAUUGCUCAUUUUUUGCAGGCUCUUCAAUUGGUCCAAGAUCGUUCGAAUCGCGAUUGGAUGUGCGAUAUUUUAUUCUUGAACAAGGGUCAAAAAGUGCCGAAUUUUAUUGAGAUUGGAGAAAAUGCGGAAAAUGCUGAUCAGGAUUUAUGGUAGGAUUUUUGGGGGGCCUUUUGGGCCUAAAAAAGCCCCUAAUUUAGGCCAAAAUUAGGCUGAAAACCCUUGAUUUUGAGCCCUAAAAUCCCUUAAUUUAGGCCCUAAAGCUCUUAAUUUUAAGCCCAAUUUUUUCUUCCAGGGAAAACUGUCAUGAUCCAUGCGCCUCAAUGGCUCAAACUCCACCAGAACCCUCCAAAAAUGCGACCACCGCUAAAAAUUUCCGAAAAAAAGGAGCUCCCGUACCAAAAAUGAGCCAAAUUGAAGAGGAAAUGGAGCAAGAUGAGGAAUGA